CAAGAAUUCUGGAAUUCGAAAAUUCUUGAAUUGACAUUAACAUUGUGUUCCAUCACACAUUUAUUUCUGCAUUUCUGUAUUUACCAUUUAAAUCAAGAUUGAAUGUAUAAAUGGAAGACGAGGUUGAGCAGAUUUCAAAAAAUUCAUACAAAGGUUCAGAUUUUGAAGAGCAAGAACAUGAUCGCUACAAGAACAAUCCUGAUUUGCUUGCCCAAGUAAAGCCCAAGGCGACUCGACUUUUCUCAUACAACUGGGCAAGUGGAUUUAUCUCUCCAUUUCGUCCAACUCCACAGGGCAUUCUUAGCGAUAUGUUGCAGCAUGUCCAUUUUUCAACUCCUAACAGGGACUCUCUCCUUGAUCUUGGCUGUGGCGAUGGGAUCGUGCUGGUCCAGGCCCUUCAAACCUUUCCUUCAACUCAGCUCAAACGAGCCAUUGGUAUCGACCUGGAUAAACCACUUCUGGAGGCAGCAAAGGACAGGAUCUUUCUCCAGGCACAGACAAAAACAGACCCCAAGUCCAAGACCGAAAUGCAUGAUAUUCUUUCUAGGCUAGAGCUUUAUCAUGGCGAUCUGACAACGAAGGAUGAUCUUCUUUCUCCUGUUAUGCCCACCGAGCCCAAUUCUAAAGCACCUCAAACAAUGAAAAGAUUGAUAGAGCAGUGCUCACAUCUUUUUGUCUAUCUGCUUCCUGAUGCCUUAUCCAAGUUAACACCACUGUUACUCGAAGCUAUCGAACUCCAGCAUAAGGUUGUUCUAUCGAUGCGUUGGGAGAUACCUGAAUUGAAACAUUACUUGAUCCAGGGAGGUAGCGAUUGUCAAUUUUAUAUAUAUAGCUACUCGCCAUGAUUAAGGAGGAGCGAUUUUUUUAUUUCUUUUAUUAGCUAGGUGUUUGAUCUGGACAAAUGAUAUGGAUUCAAGCUUGGAAAUGAGAAAAGGCGAAUGAACUUAGGCUUCUGGUUCAGGAGCAGCCUCGGUGCCCUCAGGCUGGUUAGAGUUGGC